AUGCUUGUAUGCAUGUGUUCCGUGAAGAUAGCAAUUUCUAGCAAACUUUCACCGGACAUGAUGAAGUAUUACGUACAUGAGAUUUGUUUUAUAUUAGUUGUUUUUAUGUUUUGUUUACUUGGACAACAAGUUCAGAACGAGUGUGAGAAGUUGGAACUGGCUGUCACGGAAAACUGGUACCUAUUCGACAGAACACAUAAAAUUAACAUAUUGAUCUUCAAAUUAGCGGUUAGCCAGCAAAUGCCAAUUUAUAUCUUCGGGACAAUAACUUUAUCGCUACCAACAUUUACCUGGUUUAUCAAGACCGGGAUGUCAUUCUUUACGUUAGUUAUGUCUGUAUUGGAAGGA